AUGAAGUCGGACGAGUCCACUACGGCGAACAUCGAUGCUAAGUUGCAGCAGGAUAGCGAAUGGCUGCGUGUUUUCGAGGAGAAUCUCGAGAAGAGCAAGAAUUUGAGCCGUGAAAUCACCACAUUACUGGAAAGCUUCCAAAAUCGCCUGGUACAGCUAGAUCAGAGUGUGGUACCGUUGCACGAAAAAACCGCUCUUCUGCAACGCAAACAAGCAAAUAUCCGAAAAGUGCUGAAAACGGUCGAUGCAAUGCAGCAGUUCUACAGUCGGGCGGCAGAACUGGAAAGUUCGAUACGGGAGGGCAAUGCAUCAGUGGAAAGGGAACAGUUCAUCGAAAGGAUGGAACAGCUGGCCGAAGCAAUCUCUUUCUUCUCAUGCCAUCCAACUUACCAGUAUCAGCUGGACGGAAUGAAAUUAACGUUUGAAUCGGGUUGCUGCGCACUCGAAAAAGAGUUCCGCAAUAUGAUACUCGCGAAUUCAGUUGCACUGGAUGCAGCUGUUAUUGCCGAUUGUCUCGAUAAUGAAUAUGGUCUGUUGGAUUUUAUUCGAAUGUCUUUUUUCCCCUUGUUCCUUGGGUUAUUAAAUCAUGUGUGUAUUGUAAAUAGUACUAAAUCGCAUUCACAUUAA